AACCAAAUCAUACCAAUGGCUUCUUCUUCCUCCUCAUCCAAUCCUCGAUGGAUACACGACGUGUUCAUCAAUUUCAGAGGCCAAGACACACGCAAGAACAUCGUAUCACAUCUCUACGCUGCUCUUUCAAACGCCGGAAUUAACACUUUUCUCGACAACGAGAAGCUUAGAAAGGGAAGAGAGCUAGGACCACAACUAUUAAAAGCAGUAGAAGUUUCUCAAAUAGCUAUCGUUGUUUUCUCCAAAAGCUACACCGAAUCUAGUUGGUGUCUUGAUGAAUUAGUACAAAUUGUGGAGUGUCAGAAAUCUUUUGGUCAGGUAAUUUUGCCGGUAUUUUAUAACGUUGACCCAUCAGUUGUUCGUAAUCAGAAAGGUGCUUUUGGUAAAGCUUUGCGAUCAACUGCAAAAAGGAGAAUUUCAGCAUUACCAGAAUUUAAGCUAAGGAAGGAACAUGUGGUGUCCGGGUGGAGGAAUGCACUUACCCUAGCUGCAAAUUUAUCUGGUUGGGAUGUCAACAAUUGCAGGAAUGAAGGUGAACUAGUAAAGCAAAUUGUCGGUGACGUUUUCACAAAACUAGACAGUUCAUUUCUGUCUAUUUCCGAGUUCCCAGUUGGGUUGGAACCUCGUGUGCAAAAAGUGGCCGAGUUUAUUGAAAAACAUUCAAGCAAUGUUUGUAUGAUAGGGAUCUAGGGAAUGGGUGGAUCUGGUAAAACAACCACAGCC